AGAUAUAUUUUUUUAAUCGCAAACUGUUGUUAAUUAAUAUUAUGAUUUUUUAACUUUCAAUUUGUUUAUUAAUGGUUGAGCCUGAACGUCUUUUUUUCUACGAAGCUUUGUUACAACAGCUUGUAGAUGAUGGUUUCGAAGAUGCUGCAGCCUUGAUUGAAUCUAAAUAUAAGGUUAAACCGAACUCUAUGCUAAGGAAGGAUCAUUUGUUUGAUAUUUUUAACAAGUGUGGAUAUUUAUCCUCCAGAGUUUUACUGGAAUCUAAGUUAAAUGAAGAGGAAGAUGUUCUAAAAUGCGGAAAAAAUAGAGUUAGGGAGGUUUUGUCCUACACUAAUGUUCCGGUGGAGAUGAACCCGGAUUUGAACGAGGUUUCCUACAGGAUUAUGGCUGAAAUUCUGAACCACAAGCCAUCUCGAUGUGUUGCUCAAUCACAUGAUUGUUCCCUCGUUGCUGUCGGAGGCGUGUCCGGCUCAGUAAGAGUUAUCCCCUUUAUUAAUGUGCUGAAUAAGAGAGAAAAGAGAAAACCCAACACCUUGUCAACAAACACUCUUUCCGGCCAUAUUGAACAAGUUGAUGCACUGGACUUCCAUCCAAGAAAAAACGUUUUGGCCUCCGGCGGAAUAGAUAAUACCAUAAUUUUCCAUGAUAUAAACACCUCAAACGGCUUUAUAUACUCAACUUCAGAAAUGAAACGUAUAAAUGAUAUGUUUUCUAUAAGGUGUAUGAAAUUCCAUCCCUGUGGAGACUUUUUGUUUGCUGGUACAUCCAAUUCCAUCAUUAGGUUGUACGACGUGGUCACGUCAAAGUGUUACACAUCCUCAAAGACAACUCACCAACAUAAAGGUGGUGGUAUCAAUGGUUGUGACUUUAACCUACUUGGUUCAUUACUGUUUACUGCUGGCAGUGACGGCUCAAUUUUGAUUUGGGACUCUAAAAACUUGGAAUGUAUUUAUAGCAUGGAUAGCGCACAUAGCGAUUUGCCUGUAAUAUCAAUUAAGUGUGAUGUUAACAACCAUUAUCUGUUAUCCUCUGGUCUAAACGGAAUAACAAAAUUAUAUGACUUAAGGAUGCUUAAGGAGAUCACGAGUUACGGUCAUGAACGGAAUAACUGUAUUAGGACAUUCUCAACAUUUAUUAAUAACUACAAUUACUUUAUAACCUUCUCCGUUUUGUCUGACAAUAAUUUAAACCACUCUGAGGGGUCUUUAUAUUCAAUUAAUAAUUCAUCGUUGGUGUUGGACAUAACCUCAGCUUUUGGCCAAACAACUAUUUGGGAUGCUUUAUCGUCCAACGAUGAGUUUUCAGUGAUCACUGCAUCUGAGGACUCAAAGACUCAAAUUAUAAAUUUUUACGAUCCGAAUUUAUAGGAUCACCAUUGUCCUUUUUAAUAUAGUUACUGGUU